UGUGAAUUUUAGAAGAAUGUAAAAAUGUUAGUGAGAAAAUGAACAUAAUGUGGAAAUGUUUCUGAAAUGGUGGUAGUGGGCGGGUCAAGGAUGAAGUUUAACAGAACAGAGAUGGGUCUGCUGGCCUGCCAGCUAGGUCACAGGUUUGAUAAGGAGGGUGUAAUGUUUGUACGGGAAAGGCAGGACGGAUUCUUCAGAAGAAAUGAAAAAACUAAAAAGAAGUCUGGGUCUAGCUUAAUAUGCAUAGGUCCUGCGGGCAGAGUAUCACUGGAACGCUGGUGUCGACUGCGCGGGAACUUAUUGUUCUAUUUUAAAUCCAGGGAUCAGUGGUCAGAACCAGCAGGAGUAAUUGUGUUGGAGAACUUUACAAUAAUACUUGAUACCGCUGAAGACUCGUGUAUGUACGGUUUUAAUUUGGUGUGGGAGGGAGGGCAGGUUCAGUAUCUAGCCUGCCACACCCAGCUGGACAGAGAGGCGUGGCAGGCUGCUCUACUAUCAGCAUCACACGCUAAUAUGAGGAAGCAUCUCGAGAACUUGAAGAAAAGAUUGUUGGCUGUAUCUGCUGAAUUUGAUGGACAAAUCCACGCACACUUUAACAUUCCCAAAAUUAAACUUUCUGUGAUUGACCCUGAAGCCCCGCCUGUACUGGAGUGUGCUUAUAUCUGUGAUAAUCUUCUUUGUGAUGCAAUUGGUAGAACCCCAUCCACCAGACUUGUUGUAUAUGUGAGAAACCUGAGUACUGAACCCUGGUGUUUCUACAUGAACACUGAAAUAGUCGAGAGAACCAGUAAUCCCAUGUUCAUGUUGACCGGUCUAUUUAGAGCAGCUGAUAAUAUUGUAGACUCUACACAGGUGAAGAUUUGUGCCCAAGAUACACGGGAAAGGUUCUCCAUGGUUCGAACUAUCCUAGGACAGGCAGUUACUAGUAUUCAAGAACUGAAGCAGACAGAGCGGUUGAGAUUGCGGUUGGAUUCACCUAACCCUGAUGGACGGGGGGCGGGCUUUGUAACCCUUCACUCCUGGGUGGGGGAGGCCGAGGGAGGGGGCUCCACUGAAUCUACCCCCUCCCACACAAACCAGGGUAGAACUAACAAUCCUGCAACCAGCAUCAUAGGCUCACAAGGGCAGGGCUAUCAUAGAAGAACUAAUAGUCUUCCAUCUUCUAUCUCAUACAAGAUUAGAAAUCCACGGCAUCCAAACCUUGCUCUCCUUCACUCAAAUAUCUCAGUUCGAACCUACAGGUUUCAUUCCGGAUUAGGAGGAGACAUAUCAGUUCAGGAGCUGAUGGCAGAACCUAAAUUCUCCUUCUCCUUCCCACAGCAACUCCUUUUAAGACUAGGAGAGCUAAAGGAACCCUGGCAUACAAACCAGAUGCGCUGGUUAGAGAACCAUCUUAACCUUAUCAAUGUUUACUCAAAUGCAAUGGAGUAUAUUGAGAAUUCUAAAGGAGUUACUUUGAAGAAAUCUACGGAUAAAUCUGACACAAAUUUGGAGUUUGUCCCAACAAAUCUCAACUUACAGAGAGUUUGGGUUGAGAACACCUCCCUGCGGAAGAGUGGAUACUACGAUAUUCAUACUGUUGGAGCAUUCACAGCAUUCGCGCUCAAGUCGAGAUCCGAGGGAUUAAUAAGGAGGGUUCGACGUGAGGUGGUGGACUCGAUGAGGUUUCUCAUGAAGCUGGCCAAGGAGAGGAACCCUGAGGGAAUGUUCAGGUUGGUGGAGAGCAUGCUGAAGAAGACCAAGGUGCUCUGCAGCAUAUCCGACACCAUGCUGGUCGAGGAGGCAUUCAGCUUUCUAGAGAAGAACAGGGUCUCUGUCCGGCCGGAAAAGGACGAUUUUUCUGAUUCUGUGGCCGAAUUCAUGCAGAGAAAUCGGCUAAAGAUAGAUCUGCAGUUCAGACCAAGCUUUGGAUCACUACAGACACCAAAUACAGAGUUUAUAUCCAAGGAAUUGAGAACCCCAGACCCAGAUUACUUCAGUCCUAGCUUAGACCCUUCAAGGUUGGUACUUGUUCAUAUUUCAAUACUUCAAGGCACUUAUUUAAAUUUCGAUAUUUCAAGAUAUAUGAGCAUUGAGGACAAAACUAGGCACUAUUACACACUUUGCAGGAAUGCUACCCCUCAUGAGACCCCCAGCCAUACCCCUCGGGAUACUCCUAAGCAUGGCAGGAAAACUGAGGAUGAGGGGGAGGAGGAGAUUAUUAUUCCAAUAGAGGUCGCUAAAUCAGAAACAGUUUUUUCAGAAAAUGACAGUGCCCUGGAGGACGACCAGAGGACCGAGGACGGACAAGAACUAACGGACGAAGAGGUCGAGGACGGCGAGGCCAACGAUUAUGAUUUUGACGAGAAUGUUUAUCACAAUGAUGACAAGGAUGAUGAUGAUGAUGAUGAGAGUACUCCUGAACAAGAUGAUGAAUCCACGCCACAGCUUGGAUCUGAUACGUCAAAGACGCAGAGUCCAAGUUCUGUUGGUCGAACAAGAAUAUCCUUCCAGGAGGUCCAAGAGGUCCAAGAGGUCCAGGAGGGCCAGGAGGGCCAGGUAGAUCAUCAAGGGUCAGACGGAAAGCAUGAUGAACUUAAGAAGGAGGAGGAGCAGAAGCAGAAGGAUGAGGAGGAGAUGAGAGGAGAAAAAGGUGGAAAGUAUGACAAUGGAAUUGUUUGUGAUAGUGAAGAAAGUUCUCAUUACAGGAGCGGGGAUGAACCAGAACCGAUAGAUUUAACUCAUCUGAACAUUGAAGCCUCCAUGAUGUGUUUGGCGAGUAAAAUAAGAACAAUUUGCGGCAAAGCGCACAGUCCCACGCUUAGUAGCAGAACGUUCAGGUUUCGUGAGCUGGAUAGUUUGAAGAAAGGGACAGAUAAGGAUUCUUUGAGAGAUAAAUCUCUCGAACCAGUUCCAAGAGAUAGUUCUCAAGGAGCUUUUGAGAACAAGGAGAAACCUUUCUUAGAAACCAGAACCUCUAAACCAUCAGAUUCUACACAAACAGGUGCAGGCAACUCUGAUACUCUGGAGCAGAAUGUACAGAAGGGUUCGGAGCUGGAUCCAAGUUUAGACCCGGAGCAGAGUCUUCAAUCCGGUGGUUUCAAGAUCCCUGAUGUUCCUAAACCUUCCAGUGAAGAAAUCAAGGAUUGGGCGGGAGAGGUCCGACCAAGUAUGCGUAAGCUGCGUCAAGGAAUGGAUAGUUUACUCAAAUCCUCCAGAUUAGUUUGCUCUGUUCUUAGGCUUCAACAGAUCAAGGAUGCGGUGAGUUUGACCCACGAGGUCAAAUACAGGCGAGAUGUCUGUUUUAGCCAGGCGUUAACAUCUCUGGUGUCUGGUCUGAUGGCUAGGAUCUGGUGUCAUCCACCAGAUCCAUCCUUUCUCACCCUGCUCACUAAACUAGGACCUCUUGUCACCUUCGAAGGUUUGCUCUCUUUGCACGGGGAGGAUGUUACAAUUAUUAACGAUAUGAUCGUCGCAGUUGAGGAUCUUCGAUCGGUAGAAUUCACGCUGGUUCUUGUUGAACGAAGAUCAAAGUCAAAACUUUCAAAUCGCAAAGUCGGCCAUGUUGGCGGCAGCAACUGCAGUGCCACUUGCGGUGGAAAUGGGAACUGUGCCGGAACUCAUGUGCCGUUAAUUACUUGCGGCAUCUCAAGCUUUCCUUUACCACGUGUUACUGGGUCAAGAACUAGUCUUAAAGUCCUUCUCCCUGUCCCAGAAUGGGUUUAUUCCCAGGUUCCUCUGCAGCACAUCAACAACAUGUCCUUCAACAUCGUCCCUGUCUUCUUCAACAUUGGGAUAAACCAACACGCAACCAUUGCUGAGAAACUUGGACUCAAUACAGCCCAGGAGAAGAAUAAUACUGACAACUACAGAAUACUGGCAGAUUAUCUCCGUAGGUUUAAACAACUCAGACUCUUCAAUACUACUCAGGACAAGGAUACAAGGAUGAGUUGGAAGAGUAGAGAGGUACACCUGGAUGAUUUAAUGACUAUCCUGAAGAAUGAAGUAUCCAGCCAUAAAUCUAAAAAUGUGGAUAUUCUCUCACUAGUCGCUCAAAUCACUCAGCAAUUAGAAGGAGUUGAGGGUGUGAGACGGCUGAACUGUGAGAAGAAUACUGGAGCACCUAAAUAUGCAUUUAAUAGUCUUCAGCUUACUACCUUUCCUAAGCUGUACAGACCCCCGCCCGGUACAUACGGGUCAACAGAGACAUAAUUAUGUACAGACCACCGCCCGGUACAUACGGGUCUACAGAGACACAUAUAUGUACAGACCCCACCCGGUACAUACGGGUCUACAGAGACCUUGAUAUGUACAUUAUAUAAUGUUUUAACUUGUACCAUGAAAAUUCUUAGCAGCUCUUUUAAGAGAAUCUUUUAUGUUACAUGGCGUAAGUCAUUUUAUAUCCAAAAAUCUCUGAUUGGUGUACUGUACACCUUAACCCACCCUGACUUAAACCAUUCGAUUAUAUUGAUUUGGUUUCUUUUCAAUUCAGAUCCCGCGAUUUAAAAGCUAAGGCUUGGGUCGAAUUUUCUUAAACCCAGCUUUAAGAUUCAAUAUUAGACUCAACUCUGACGAUAACUUGUGUCACGUGAUUGACAGCUGCGAGAUCUUAUAAGACUCGACUUAGGAGUUAGGCCCAGUGAAAAUAAAACCGACCUUGGGUUGGUUUUAGUGGCUCCAUGUUGAGCCUUGUUCUCAUAAAACCCGGAAUGCACCAAUUCCUACCAUGAAAAUCCCCCAAAUAGAAUAUUAAACCGGGUUUUUGAACUCAACUCUGUGGAAAAUGCAGCUUGAAUCCGAAAGCUCAAGCCGUAAGUAAGGCCCAACGACAUCUUGGACCUGAGUCGUAUUUUUCCGAAUUUUUUAAAUCGCCGGCUCAGUUAAAAAAUAAAACAACUAUAAACAACUAUAAUUAUAUUUCAUGUUGGAUUAAAAUCUGACUCCUCUUACCUCUUAUUAAAGAGCUGUUGAGAAGUACAACGUUUUUCGAAUUUCUAGUAAUUGUAACAAACUAAAAUUUUGUCACUUUAAAUUUCUAAUUCCAAUAUUUACCUACUUUUGCGUAAAAUCAAAACCAGAGGAGCUAAAGAUCACAAAGUAGUACGAGUAAUGUAGCAAAAAUUUGAUCUUUUCUUUCUGUCUAGUUGAGUGUUACCACUUAUCAAGAAAUUAUCAUGUUUAGUGGGUCACACGCAAACACUCAAAAUUUCCGACCCUCCCUGUCUUGUAAUAAAACAGUCCAUUUUUUCGGAAUAGAUUAUUUUUUUACUGUU